AUGGACGUCGGAGCUGGUUCGUCGAGUCGUUGGAACGGCGGCGAUACGUAUCGAAGGAUACGUCGCGACUCGUACAGCGCGGCGAUGAUUAACGAGACGGAGAUCGGCGAGAACGAAGAAAAAAGCGAAGAGGUGGCGGCAACGAAAUCUCAACCCGAGAUUCGAAAAAAGUCCAAAUCGGCGGACGACUCGACCAAUUUCGAGUGUGAAACGUGGUCCGUGGAGAGUUGCGCGUUCGCGAAACGAGACCUGACCAGGACCUCGUCCACGGAUACGAGCAGGUCCUGGAACGAGAGCGUCGAGAUACCCGUCGAGAUCUUCCUGUCCCAUCCCGAACUCUGGACCAGAUUGGGGGGGACCGGUAAGUGCUUCUCGACCGUGAAACCUUCCGAUGGAUGCCAGUGGCAGUGGCUCUGCCAGUGUCGAUGCAGCCAGUGCCACUACUAUCGUCGCAAGAUCUCCACCUGUUCGAGCAGGGAUCACGCGUUCCUCGGCUACAAGAGGAAGGAUUCCGGCCACUCGGUGUCCACCUGCCAGAGCAUCCUUCCACCCUCUUCCGGCAGGAACUCGGUCGCCAGCCUGCUCCACGAGAUCAAGGAGGACGCGGGUCCUCCUCGACGCGGGACGAUCGAGGAGGAGGAGGAGGAGGAGGAGGUGAUGAGGCGUCGCCACUCGGAUCAAACUCAGUCCCAGUGCGGGUCGAAGAUCGGCCGCGUCGAUAUCCGCCGAUUCUCCGAGCAGACGUUAGCCAGAGGGUUGGGGGGAGUUGUCGGAGGAAGAAGCAGAGAAGAGAGCAAAGCGUUUAAAGCGUGCCCGCGUCUCCCCGCGGAGAAUAGAGAAGGCUCGAGGAGCGAGCGAGCUUCGUGCAAAUCCUUGGAGAACGGAGAAAGCGAAGAUGGAAAGGUCGAACCGUUGACGGAAAGGUCGAUCGAAGGGAAGGUGGCGGAGAAAGGUGGUGGCUGGCGGCAGAAGAGGAGGAGGGAGAGGAAGGAGGAGGGUUCGAGGGAGUCUUCGAUGGAGCGUCGCAGGAGCAGCGUGAAUAUUACGCCGAAAAUGAUGAGGAGACGGUUCUCCGAGCAGCUGAUACUCGAGGGUGGUUUGGGUAGCGUUCAAGAUUACGAGGAUCUGGUGGAGGGAGCGGAGGACGGGGCCGAGGAGGAGUCUUUCACCGCGGCGAACGCUCGGAAGAGAAUCACUCUCAGGAGGCAUUAUUAUCCCGAGGGCGGGUGGGGGCGUGUGAUCGUGUCGGUCGCAAUUCUGGUCCAACUGAUAUGCCACGGAGUUCAACUCGGCUCGGGCGUGUUGCUCGAUCCGAUGGUGGAACGAUUUCCGCGCGAUGCCAGGCAUACAGGAUGGCUAGGAGCAAUGUCGACAGGAGUGGCUCUACUAGUUUCACCGGUAACAAUAGCGUUUUGUCGGAGAAAAAGUACAAGACUCACCGCGGUUUUGGGUGGCCUCGUUACAGCUCUCGGCUGCCUUUUCACUUCUUUCGCCUCGCAGUUCCACCAAUUGUUCAUCAGCUAUGGCACCGUUGUCGGUAUAGGAGUCGGCAUGACCAGGGAUUGUAGCACUUUAAUGGUGGCGCAAUAUUUUAAGAGGAGGCGAGAACUGGUCGAGAUUUUUAUCGUGUCCGGAAGUGGCCUUGGUAUCGCUGUUAUGUCGGCUUUCAUUAAGGGAAUGAUUAGCAAGAUUGGGUGGCGCUUAGGCCUUCAAGCAGUGACCUGCGUGGUUUUCCUCACGUUCAUCUUAGGCACCUUUUAUCGAAGCGCAUCCCUGUACCAUCCGCAACGUAGAGCUAUUCUACAUCUGAAAAAUCAAAAGCGUAAGAUUAAGGAUAAGAACAAGACGGACGAUGGUCCACCGUUCUUCGACUUCAGUACGCUGAAGAGCAAAACAGUGAGAAUACUGCUCGUGUCCACUGGGAUAUCUGCCUUCGGGAUCAACACCCCGAUAUUUUACCUGGCGCACCAAGCCGAAGAAGAAGGCCUUGGGGACACGGUGAUCCUGCUUCAGGCUUAUCUCGGUCUGGCCUGGACCCUCGGCUGUGUCGCCUUUGGCCUUUUGGUCGUGCAUCGCAGCGUCGAGUGCAGGAUAGCGCGUCAGUAUCUCACGCAAGCGGCGAUAUUUGUAUGCGGAUUGUGCAUUCUGGCUCUCACCGCCGUUCAAGGAAAUUAUCACGGAUAUGUGUUGUUCGCCUGGAUAUACGGCAUCUUCUGCGGCGGCUACCAUUACAGCCUGAAAAUGUACACGUACGAGAGAGUGAGAGCGAGGAAUUUCGCGAGAACGUGGGGUUUCGUUCAAUGUUCCCAAGCCAUACCAAUAGCGAUUGGAGUUCCAAUUUCAGGAUACAUGAACAUCAGUUGCGGUGGGAAAGCUGGUUACUACUUCAGCUCGACCUGCGUACUGGUGGGCAGCUUCACCCUCUUCUUCAUAGAUCUUCACAGAAGAAACUUGUCGAGGCACAAACACGUGAGGUCUAACGGGACCAAGCACCUCUGCGUCUCGGACACUUGUCCGCAACGGAGGAAGUUGUCGUUCAGCCAGGAACCGGACAACGAUGGCCCGCACGUGGCUGCUGCCGGGGCUGCUGCAGCCGCCCUCGUGCUUGGUGCUGAGAUUGCGCCGAAUCAAGGCGAAUACGUCGACGGUCUUGCCCCAGAGAAACCCGAGUUAACGUGCAUCUCUGAGGAGGGAAUCGCAGACAUGGACCUCCCCGACAACAUGCUCGAGGACCUCGAUUACAUCGGGGAUUGUAUAACCUCGUGCAACAAGGUCGAGAACUAUCUGAUGCUGUCCGAGUUCGAGAACAAUCUGAUAGCUGAAAUACCGAUCAUCACGGAUCGCCGAGGUCGAAGGUGGUCCCUGGCCCGUUCGAAAGGUGGCCAAUCGAACCUCGAUCGUCCCUCAGCACCACAACCUCAAAACGAGGAGCCCGAAGCUAAGCCUAAAUGGCACGCGGCUCCUAAUGUGCCUCCUAAUAACAGGGUGAUCACCGUGAUCGACGAGGCAAGCACGUAGCUUGAUCGCGAGAUCAAGAGAUCGAACAAUCUGUGCGUUGAAUAUGGAUAUUUUAAAUCAAUCUUUCUUUUUUUCUUUCUCUUUUUUUUUUUUUUUUUUUUUUAAAGCUUCUUAAAUAUAUUAUACAAUUUUAUACGCAAGAAGCGUAGAAGAAGCAAAGUUUUUACGUAAUAAUUUCUUACGUAAAUGAAAUACGAGUGCGAAGAAAUUGGAAAAAUAUUUUUACGAAUUUUAUACAUGGAUCGAAUUCUCGAACGGUUAAGCGGAAUAGUACAAAAUGGAUGGAAAAUGAAUGGAUGAAAAUCAUGAAUUAGGGAAGAAAGAGUUGUUAUAUUGAUCUCUUCUUUUUUUUUUUUUGUCUCGUUUGUUGGCUCUUUGAUUUAAGAUAAUUGUUAAGAGAUCGUUGUUGACGAUAAGUAUAAUAGCGAACACGGUGGCGCCGUUAAUCUGGCUCCCAUAGAGGCGUAAGAGAGUCCAGUAUUGGGUCACUUAAUUCGCGGUGCAAUUAAGGACAAUAACGUCGGCUUUC